AAAACCCCACCCUUCCCUGAGCGACACCUGGUCCCACCCUGAGCUGCCUUUCUCAGGACCCCAACCCCAGCCUGGCCCAGCCCAGCCGCACCCUGCCACUCCCUUCAGCCAGUGUGGCUUCAUGUCAAGAGGCUGGGCGGGGUCAAGGUGGCAACAAGGGGAGAAGCCGAGACACAGUUCUCCCUGAUUUAAACCCAGGCAGCCUGGAGUGCAGCUCACGUUCCAUACCCGGAAUUCCUGCCACACCACUCUCCUGCUGCCCUCCCGACAUGCGGAGGUCCUGGGUGCUGCUGCUGCUGGGCCUGAGGCUACAGCUCUCCCUGGCCAUCAUCCCAGUUGAGGAGGAGAACCCAGCCUUCUGGAACCGCCAGGCAGCCGAGGCCCUGGGUGCCGCCAAGAAGCUGCAGCCCAUCCAGAAGGUCGCCAAGAACCUCAUCCUCUUCCUGGGCGAUGGGAUGGGGGUGUCUACGGUGACAGCCGCCAGGAUCCUAAAGGGGCAGAAGAAGGACAAACUGGGGCCUGAGACCCCCCUGGCCAUGGACCACUUCCCAUACGUGGCUCUGUCCAAGACAUACAGUGUAGAUAAGCAUGUGCCAGACAGCGCAGCCACAGCCACGGCCUACCUGUGCGGGGUCAAGGGCAACUUCCAGACCAUCGGCUUGAGUGCAGCUGCCCGCUUUAACCAGUGCAACACGACACGCGGCAAUGAGGUGGUCUCCGUGAUGAAUCGGGCCAAGAAAGCAGGGAAGUCAGUGGGAGUGGUGACCACCACACGGGUGCAGCACGCCUCACCAGCCGGUGCCUACGCCCACACGGUGAACCGCAACUGGUACUCGGACGCCAACAUGCCUGGCUCGGCCCGCCGGGAGGGCUGCAAGGACAUCGCCACGCAGCUCAUUUCCAACAUGGACAUUGACGUGAUCCUAGGUGGAGGCCGAAAGCACAUGUUUCGCAUGGGGGCCCCAGACCCUGAGUACCCACAUGACUACAGCCAGGAUGGGACCAGGAUGGAUGGGAAGAACCUGGUGCAGGAAUGGCUGGCGAAGCACCAGGGUGCCCGGUACGUGUGGAACCGCACUGAGCUCAUGCAGGCUUCCCAGGACCCGUCUGUGACCCACCUCAUGGGUCUCUUUGAGCCCGGAGACAUGAAAUAUGAGAUCCACCGAGACUCCACACUGGACCCCUCCCUAAUGGAGAUGACAGAGGCUGCCCUGCGCCUGCUAAGCAGGAAUCCCCGCGGUUUCUUCCUCUUCGUGGAGGGCGGUCGCAUUGACCAUGGUCAUCACGAAAGCAGGGCCUACCGGGCACUGACUGAGGCGGUCAUGUUUGACGACGCCAUUGAGAGGGUGGGCCAGCUCACCAGCGAGGAGGACACGCUGACCCUCGUCACUGCUGACCACUCCCAUGUCUUCUCCUUUGGUGGCUACCCACUGCGAGGGAGCUCCAUCUUCGGGCUGGCACCUGGCAAGGCCCAGGACAGGAAGGCCUACACGGCCCUCCUAUAUGGAAACGGUCCGGGCUAUGUGAUCAAGGACGGCGCCCGGCCAGAUGUUACGGAGAGCCAGAGUGGGAGCCCCGAGUACCGGCAGCAGUCGGCAGUGCCCCUGGACGAAGAGACACACGCAGGCGAGGACGUGGCGGUGUUCGCGCGCGGCCCGCAGGCGCACCUGGUUCAUGGCGUGCAGGAGCAAAGCUUCGUAGCGCACGUCAUGGCCUUUGCCGCCUGUCUGGAGCCCUACACGGCCUGUGACCUGGCGCCCCCCGCCGCCACCACCGACGCCGCACACCCUGGGCGCUCCGCGGUCCCUGAGUCCCUGCCUCUUCUGGCUGGGGCCCUGCUGCUGCUGCUGGAGACGGUCACUGCUCCCUGAGGGUCCCAUCCCUGGGGCUUCUGCUUCCCCAUCUCGGAGUUCUCCUGCUCCCCACCUCCUGUCGUCCUGCCCGGCCUCCACCCCGAGUCAUCACCCCCAGAGUCGCCACACAGAUGUCCUGCCAUGGAACCUUCAUCUCCUCGCGCGCCCUGGGGACUGAGCCCAUGACACCAAAGCUGCCCCUUGGCUACUCUUGGACUCCCUGCCCCAACCCCAGGGACUGCAGGUUGUGCCCUGUGGCUGCCUGCACCCCAAGAAAGAAGGGAACUCAGGCCAUCCAGCCCCCACCUAUAGUCCUUGGGUACCAGGCAGGCUCCCUUUCUGGGGAAGAGAAGCACCCAGACCCCGCACCCCGCUGACCUUUGCUUCAGUCCUUGAAUCACUUGUGGGACUUGAGGACUUGGGAGCUUCAGGACGCCUGGAGAAGCGUGGCUUCCUGCCACCCUGCCAGCCAAGGAGGCUGCUGGGGUGGGGAUCCCCAGGGGGAUUUUGACACAGCCUUCGGCUGCCCCCCACUGAGCUAAUUCCACACUCCUGUACCCCUCCAAGGGGCCCUCUGCCUCAUGGCAGAGGCUUGCCCCAUAUCACAACUACUCAGAUGUUCCAUACCUCCAAAUGCCAAUUUCAGCACCCAACUGAGAUCCAAGGAGCUCCUGGGAAGCCCUGGGUGCAGGGCAGCAGUCGAGAGCCAAAGGUCCCUCCCCGGACAUCUGGACACUGGGCAUAGAUUUCUCAACAAGGAAGACUCCCCUGCCUCCCCAGGGCCUCCGCUCUCCUGGGAGACAAAGCAAUAAUAAAAGGAAGUGUUUGUAAUCCCAGCACUUUGGGAGGCCAAGGUGGGCAGAUCAUGAGGUCAGGAGAUGGAGACCAUCCUGGUUAACACGGUGAAACCCCUUAUCUAUGCGCCUGUAGUCCCAGCUACCCAGGAGGCUAAAGCAGGAGAAUCGCUUGAACCUGGGAGGCAGAAGUUGCAGUGAGCCAAGGUCAUGCCACUGCACUCCAGCCUGGGCGACAGAGCGAGAUUCCGCCUCAAAAAUAAAUAAAUUAAUUUAAAAAAUAAAUGAACAAGUAAGAAAAGGAAGUGUUAAAUAGUGUAA